AUGCUUUGGACUUCGUUUGCCGUUGCCAGCACGGCUGGCCUAAGCUUGGCAUCAACUAUACCAGCACCUCCUGACCCGGAGCCAAUUGAAGUCGUUGAACUUCCACUGCCCCCUGUCGCACCCAGCAACAAUACUGGUGCAUGCACAGCCUCGAUAAACCCCCGUCGCACGGGUUGCAUUGGACAGAUAUCAGACUCUUUUCAGGCUGGCGACUUUGCACCCGAUGGAAACCAUGUAGUCGUUACUGUGGAGUUUAUCGGUGCUCCAGCAGCCCCAGACCCAGCAAGCAUAUACACCGGAACACACCUCAUCCUUGUCAAAGCGGAUGGUACAAAUUUCACCAAUGGUGACCCAUGGAAAUGCUUGAGCUGUGGUGUUCCUUCGCGAAAUGCACGAAGCCUUGAUCCGACAAGAGAUUAUCCACAUGUGGCUAGAAAUUCCCGACAGGCGCUUUGGGGACACAAUAUUCUGGAUUGCAGUGGCAUUCCGUUAGUCAGCGACGAAUGCACGCCAAACAAGACGCAUAUCUAUCCAAUCUACUGGCCGACUGGCACGAACAGUUCGGGUACUCCGCGAGAGAUGCGUCUGCAUCCUGACGAUACUCAUAUGGGAUGGAGCGAGUUCACAAGUGGUGGCGAGUUCUCGUACUAUGGUCGACUGCAGUUUCGUCAGAAUCCAACAGAUGGUACACUCCGUGUCCCACGAUACGAUCUCAUCGAUGUGAAUUUGCUUGUUCAGCCCAAUGGCACUGCGCCUAUCAUGGCUGAGGGCACAGAACUGAAAAUUCAUGAUGAGGCCAUUACGGUUGGUGAGCUUCGUGGAUUCAGCGGUGCUGGGGAUGAGAUUCUUUAUAUUGGAUCAACGCGCGAGGCAAACAAUAUUGAUGUAUUUGCCGUUCAUAUCACCACCGGUGCUGUUCGUCGUCUCACUAGCCACCCCGAGUAUGCAGAUCCCAUCGCCUUUUCACAUGACAAUCAGUGGUUUGUCACAAUGGAUACUAGAGGCUCAAAUCGACAGAUGUGGAUGGCUGGCGAGCGGUACAUUCCUCCUCUGAUUGACCUGGUUACUGUGACGGCUGCUUCGUCAACUCGCAACAACGGUGCCCGCCGCUUCUUCCAACCGAUUUUGAUCGAUCGUUACGGUGAUCGAGGAGACUACUUUGGCCAACAGGUCAACUAUGAAGGCGAUGGAAGGAAUGGCAGUGUCAACGACCCGAAUUGGAAUGGCAGAGCAGACCCAGCUUUCUCUCCCGACGGAACUCGCAUCGUCUAUUGGCAGGAUUUGGUAAUCUCGCCUGCCUGUGGUGGUGCAAACCCACUCCACUGCCCAGUAUCAACUGCCCAAGGAGGUCGAACAUAUCGAGUAAUGUUGGCCCGACUUUCAAGUCGAAAACCCACGACCCCAGCCCCCGUCUUCGCUGCGCCUGAUUAUAUUCCUUGGGCAACUCCUUUCCCACCUGGUUCAAGCCUUCCCACUUCUUAUUCUUUGCCGGAGGGUAACUAUACACUGUACGGACUGGCUAGUGGGUUUGCGAAUGCCACGCUUAUCAAAGAUCCGCUCUUCGGCAGCUUCAAGACUGUAUCUGUCAACUACACUAAUUACUCGGAUGAUGCACAACACUUUAUUAAUGGUUAUGAGUCUGUCACUCUGACGUUGACUACAUCGAAUCCUUGGCUCAGCCAGUUGGACUGGCUCUCUGAUAUUGUGCAGACUGGGGCUGUGAAUGCUGAGAAGAAGACUGCACCGGGUGGAUUCCAUUUGACGAUUGAUGCACUUGAGAAUAUCUUCGAGGCUAAUGGGACGCUGAGCACGACUGUGAAUGGUGUCACAUACUAUCAGCCUCUGAACGGUGCAUGA